UCUUAUUUUUUUUCAAAAAAUUUUCAGCUCAAAACCAAAAUUUAAUUUAAUUUUUAUUCCUUUAACCAAUUUCAAUUACAAAUAAUCCAAAAAAAAAAAAUGUUGAAAAAUCGAUUAGUUUGCGAAGGAAAACAGAGCAAAAAAACAGAGGAAAAUCCCCUGUUUUUAGUUUAUUGUGAAGCAAAAUCAAUAGGUAAUAUAGCAUUUCCUAUGAUAUUUAGCGGAUUACUCCUUUAUUCUCGAUCGAUGAUCUCGAUGCUCUUCUUAGGAAGAUUGGGUGAGAUGUCAUUAGCCGGUGGUUCAUUGGCUAUAGGUUUUGCUAAUAUUACUGGUUAUUCGAUCCUUUCGGGUUUAUCAAUGGGUAUGGAACCAAUAUGUGUACAAGCAUUUGGUGCUAAGAGAUAUAAGAUACUUGGGAUUAGUCUGCAAAGGACAAUUCUACUCCUUCUAUUGAUCGCGAUUCCGAUCUCAUCAUUAUGGUGUAACAUGGAAAAAAUAUUGGUAUUUUGUGGACAAGAUCGUGAUAUAGCAAUCGAAGCACAAAAGUACAUCUUCUAUUCAUUACCUGACCUAAUUACACUUUCGUUUCUUCAUCCGUUGAGAAUUUAUCUACGUUCUCAAUCGAUAAUCAUGCCAUUAACAUAUUGUGCUGCACUUGCUAGUCUUGUUCAUAUUCCUAUUAAUUAUUUGCUUGUUAUAGUACUUAAUCUUGGGAUUAAAGGGGUUGCAUUGAGUGGGGUUUGGACUAAUUUCAAUCUUGUUGGAUCAUUAAUAGCCUACAUUGUUGUAUCAAAGGUGUAUAUCAAUACUUGGAGUUCAAUUUCAUUCGAUUGUUUUAAAGGAUGGAAAUCAUUGUUGGAUUUGGCAAUUCCAAGUUGUGUUAGUGUUUGUUUGGAAUGGUGGUGGUAUGAGAUUAUGAUUUUGUUAUGUGGAUUGUUGGUUAACCCUAAAGCUACCGUUGCAUCGAUGGGGAUUUUGAUCCAAACAACGUCGUUGAUAUACAUUUUUCCAUCUUCGUUGAGUUUUGGAUUGUCAACGCGUGUUGGAAAUGAGCUCGGGGCUAAUAGGCCUAACGUGGCUAGAUUGACAGCGCUCGUGGGGCUAUCGUGUAGUUUUGUUUUAGGGCUAAUGGCUCUAGCAUUCGCGGUGUUAGUGAGGGAUGUCUGGGCGAGUAUGUUUACUCAGGAUAGAGAAAUCAUUGCCCUGACAUCCCUCAUUUUGCCCAUAAUCGGACUCUGUGAGCUAGGGAAUUGCCCACAGACGACCGGUUGUGGGAUACUAAGAGGUACGGCUAGGCCAAAAUUGGGUGCCAACAUCAACUUAGGAUGUUUUUACCUAGUUGGAAUGCCAGUAGCUGUGUAUCUAGGGUUUUUUCGAGGCUACGAUUUUACGGGGCUAUGGAUUGGAUUGUUAGCUGCACAAGCUUCAUGUGCAGUGACAAUGUUGUUGGUGAUUUUAUCAAGAACAAAUUGGGAAGAUCAAGCUAAAAGAGCAAAAGAGUUAACUUCAACUAUUGAAUUUCAAUAUGAAGAUGAAGAGAAGUUUAUUAUUAUUGAUGAAGAAAUCCCUCAAAGUUCUAUUGAUAAUUCAUAUUAUCAUAAGAUUGAUGGAAGUUCAAAUGUUUAA